AUGAGUUUACAAACUAAACACAUAGAUGAUCUCAAAGAAGCACUCAUGUGUCAACGAAACAACGAUGACAAACUCGAAGACCUCGUUGGUAAAAUCGUCAAUGACUACCACACAUAUGCGGGAAAACGAUCAGAGCUCUCGUACCGAUGCUGCGCUCACUACUUUGCACCGUCGUGGAACACUCCUAUAGAGAACAGUAUGCUAUGGAUGGGAGGAUGUCGUCCUUCUUCUUUCAUUAGACUUAUAUACGCACUUUGUGGAUCCCAGGCCGAAACUCAGCUUUCUCAAUAUCUUCUUAAGAUCGAUGACGACUUCGAUAUAAACCAUGGUGGUUUCAUGAGUGAUCUUACCGCGACACAGCUUGGAAAACUCAAUGACUUGCAUUUGGAGGUAAUAAAGAAAGAAGACAAGAUUACGAAGACAUCUGCGAAUUUUCAAGACGAUGUGGCGGAUUUGCCAAUCGCGGAUGUGGUGCAUGCUGAUGUAGCGGUGGAGGAUGCUUUGGAUAAGCAUGAAGAGGGAAUGGCGGUUUUACUGGCGGAGGCUGAUAAACUGAGGUUUGAGACGCUUAGGAAGAUUGUGGACGUUGUCACACCGCUUCAAGCGGUGGAGUUUUUGCUUGCCGGAAAAAGAUUACAGCUGUCGUUGCACGACCGGGGAAGAGUUAGAGCAGAUGUUUGUGGAGGAGUGGGGGGCGCCGCUGUCUGA